UGGUGGUAGAACUGGUAAGCUGUGUCAACAAGCUCAAGGCCAUUAUUUGAGAGCUUUGCUGAUGAGAGCCAUUGAGCAUCGAGCCCCCAAGCCACUAUUUGUAAACAAAUUUUAAUCAGGCGUAGCAUUCUACACUUCAAGUGAGAAAUAAUGGCAGCAGUUAAAGUAGCUGUGGUGACCGGCGGAAACAAGGGCAUUGGCUAUGCUAUUACUCAGGGCUUGUGUGACAGGUACAACGGAACUGUCUAUCUGACAGCGAGGGAUGAAAAUCGAGGAAGGGAGGCUGUUGCCAAGUUAAACAAGCUGGGAUUCAAGCCCCUUUUUCACCAGUUGGACAUCGAGGACCAGGGAAGCAUCAACAGAUUUAAAAGGUUCAUCGAAGAAACUCAUGGAGGUCUUGAUGUUCUGGUGAACAAUGCUGCCAUUGCCUACAAGAAUGAUGCCAUAGAUCCAUUUGGCAAGCAAGCAGAGGACACAAUCAGGAUCAACUUCUUCGGUGUUUUGAACACCUGUCGCGCCCUCUUACCCCUUAUGCGUUCUCACGGGCGUGUGGUCAACGUCUCCAGCUCAUGUGGUCAUCUUCUUAGGAUCAACGGCCAAGAGCCUCAGGCUGCAGAGCUCCGGACCAAGCUGUCAUCACCCAGUUUAACUGAAGAGGAACUCUGCGAUAUCAUGAGGAACUUUGUCAAGGCUGCUAAUGCUGGCAACCACUACGAGCUGGGCUACCCCAACAGCUGCUAUGUGGUUUCCAAGGUGGGUGUCAGCGCCCUCUCGCAAAUUCAGCAGCGCACGUUUGAUAAUGACACCUCAAGGGUUGAUAUGGUGGUAAACCACGUUCACCCUGGCUACGUGGACACCGACAUGACCAGCCACAAAGGGCCUUUGACCAUUGAAGAAGGGGCUGUUGGUCCACUGUAUUGCGCGCUUCUGCCUCCCGAUGUCAAAGAACCAAGAGGACAGUUCAUCUGGAAAGAUUGCUCCAUCGUGGACUGGGUCAACGGCCCUACACCAUCUUCAGUUUAAUAGAAAUCAUUCCAGGGAAUUCAUACUUCAAUGAGUGCAUACAAAUUAUUUUCAUAUAAUUUAAAAAAAUAUAUUCUUUAAAAUUUUUUCACUUAAGCUCUUGUGACGGGCUCUUAGAAGUAACCGUUAAAGUGAAAUAAACAUGAAAGCACAAAUAUU